GACGUAACCACACCAACCUCUCACUCGAUAGGGGGGGGGGGCAGAGGGGAAGGAGGGGGCUCUGCUGCUACUGCCGUAUAAAAAGCCAAGCCUGAGAAUCCGGCACCACAAACUCACCACACAUACACACACACACACACACACACACACACACACAAACACACACAGAUCCAGUGGCUGCUCUGUAUCUCUCACACUCACCCACUCUCAUCAUUUUCUCUCUCUCUCUCUCUCUCUCUCUCUCUCUCUCUCUCUCUCUCUGUGUCUCGCUCCCUCUGUCUCUCACUUCAUUCCUCUGGGCUCUGCAUCCUUCUUGCUUCUUCUCACAAGUCAGAUUGUGUUUGUAAGUACGUGCUGAAUGUCUCCCUCUGUAUGCUUGGGCUUCCUUAAGUCUUUUUGUAUGUGUGAGUGACCGGUUGCCUACUUCAGUGUGACUGAGCAGAGCAGUGAGGUGUAUCAAGUGUAUGUGGGUCUCUGUCUCACCCUCACACAUUCGCCGCUCCUCUUGCAACUCUUCUCGGGAUCUCUGGGUCCCUUUCAUCGGUGACAGGCUCCCCACACCAAACAGUCACCAUUUCCGCCCCCGGGAGACCCACGCUGGCAGCGCAGCCCCUUCCCCGACUCAGCAUCGGGAGGAAGACCCUGGUGGCGGCUGCCGUUGGGGUUAUGCUGGUCCUGGUGCUGGUGGUCCUCAUCCCUGUGCUCGUCAGCUCCGUGGGUACAGAUGCCAGCCACUAUGAGAUGCUGGGCACCUGUCGUAUGGUGUGCGACCCCUACUUGAACAAGGGCACUCCGGCCAGCAGCACCAGCUCCACCGGUCUCCAGGCUGAGGCUGAGGCGUUGAGCGACCACAGCAACGUACUUCCACCCUCCACCUUGCUGCAAGGCCCACAGGGGAAGCCUGGCAAGCAGGGCAAGCCCGGACCACGUGGACCGCCGGGAGAACCAGGGCCACCAGGACCAGCUGGGCCUCCUGGUGAAAGAGGGGAUCAAGGAAGGACUGGGAUUUUGGGUCUGGGCGAAAAUGGAGCUAUCAGCACAGCCACCUACAGCACGGUGCCUCGGGUGGCCUUCUAUGCAGGGCUUAAGAACCCCCACGAAGGCUAUGAGAUCCUCAAGUUUGACGACGUGGUCACCAACUUGGGCAACAACUACGAUGGUAUUUCGGGCAAGUUCAUCUGCAGCAUACCGGGCACAUACUUCUUCAUCUACCAUGUGCUGAUGAGAGGAGGGGAUGGCACCAGCAUGUGGGCAGACCUCUGCAAGAAUGGCCAGGUUCGUGCCAGCGCCAUCGCCCAAGACGCUGACCAGAACUACGACUACGCCUCCAACAGCGUCAUCCUCCAUCUGGACGCAGGAGACGAGGUCUUCAUCAAACUGGACGGAGGCAAAGCCCACGGAGGCAACAACAACAAGUACAGCACCUUCUCUGGCUUCAUCCUCUACGCAGACUGAGAGCACACACAGACACAGAGAAGGUCAGACAGGAAGAGAUUGAGAGAGAGAGAGUUGUGCGACAGGGAGGGAGGGGGGAGGGGGUGUGUGUGUUAAAAGCCGGAAUGCUUUCUAGUUUUCCUAAUUCUCUCCAUCAUCACGGACACCUCUGCUUCGUAUCCAUCAGCCAAGACACCCAGGCUCUGUAGCCGAGCCUGGGUGCAAAGCUCCUGAGGAUGCACUGAGAGGGGCCGGGCGGGCGGCGUGGGAGGAGUGGGACGUGGGGAGGAAGUGGGCUGGGUUUUUUGCCUGUGCUCCUCAGCAUAAUGCCGACGUGUCAGAAGCUCCUAGAUAUCAGUGUCUUUCCUCUUCAGCCCUGCUCCAUUGCACAGAAAUAUCAACGACUAAAAUGAAAAACCCUGCAAAAAGUGGACGAUCUCACCUCUUCUCUCCGUGGCAACGGUCAGCUGUACUGUCAGUGGACUCGAUUGACUGAAACUUGUAGUGUUGUUCCGUGCAAAUUUUCCUUAGAUUGUGUUUUUUAUUUUGUAGAAAUGCAUAAUAUUCUACACAGAUGAGAUUAAAAAAAAAAAAAGAAUAUAUUUGUCCAGUGUGAAGAUAUCCUGUUUGACUGAGAGUAAGGAUUUGUGAGAUGUUAUUUGUGAUGCAGCUCAGAGAUCUAACAGCUGGAAGAGAAAUCUUCAAAUCAAGACUGUCAGUAUUUCAUGGCAGUGGGUGUUUUUCUCCAUCACUGGGUAUACAACAAGGUAAUUAUAUAUAUUGUUCAUGUGGAGAAUAACAAUAUAUUCUGCACUGUAUCUUCCAAUGUAUCUGAAAAAGAAAGCAUCUCAUAUAGAGAAUACCCUUCCCUUACGAACCACUUCACACUUUUCACUUCAACCACAAAAAUGUCCUGCUGCUGUUCGGAUUAUAAAGUAGAGUUCAAAUCGUCUCCUCGAUGUUCUAGUUUUUAUGUAGACGCUGUAGACUCGGCACGACCGGCCACGUGACUGAAGAAUGCAGAAAAACCUCAGAUCAGUUUUCUGAGGUACGCAAGUUGUAGAGCGCCCAUUCUAUUUUUUUUCUUCCCUGCUGUGGCGACCUCCGAGCAUUCUUUCGCGGUAAAAUAAAAAAAAAUAAAAUAAAAUAAGAAUUUGCCUUCUGAAGUGGUUGGGGAGACCCAGAGAUAAAGAGCAAGAUGGUCGGUGUGGGUAGAGGGGGGGCUUUCAGGCACGGUGAGUGGGCAAUUUUUCUGUUUCAGUGUCUCCGAGCUUCACUGGAUGUCAUUCCAUUCAUUAGGUGCAUAUUCACUGACACACAGGCAUUAUGGUAAUAUUUACUCAACAUGGCGGCCUGACAGCUUGCUUGAGAAUGAAACUGAUUGGGUGAACGACUUGGCCUAUUAUGACUGCACGUUUGUGUGUGUGUGUGUGUGUGUGCGUGCACGUUGUGUCUGUGUGUAUGUGUAUGUGUGUGUGUGUGUGUGUAUGUGUAUGUGUAUGUGUGUGUAUGUUUGCGCGUGUGAGGAUCUACGUAUGUAUCUGUGCAUACCAGUGAGUGUCUGCAUUUUUGCAUGUGCCGUGCCAUAGCUACAUUGUUCUUUUCCAGAGUUAUUCUGUGCUACAGCCAAUGACAGAUAUUUUACUCAGCAGCCAAUGAGAUUGUGCUCUGUAGGGUGGGGAGCCUCUAUAGAUAUAAUGAGAAGAACAAACAGCUUGUAAAUGAAAUCUAUGACAUGUUUGUCUAUCUUAUCUUUUGAAAUUGUUGAAUACAUUUAAAUAAUAAAUGGGAUUUUUUUGAGUGA